AUGUCUUUCCGCGUGUUGCUCCUGUUUCUCUUUCUGGGACUCUCCACAGCCAGUUCUUUGGCUGUGUGUGUGACUUUGUCGGAGCUCCUACCUGGUCAAGUCUCAUUUCCAAAUAGUACUAGCUACGAUGAUGCUGUGGCAUCGUACUUUUUCGUCCAAGAACGGUUGACGCCCAACUGCAUGGUUCGUCCAGACUCCGCACGGGAUGUUGCGGUGGUGAUCAAGCAGGUUGAAACUACUGAUGGCGCAAUUCUUUCUGUGCGGGGAGGUGGUCACUCCGCCAAUGUUGGUUUUGCCAAUUCAAACACGGGUAUUACUCUCGAUUUGCGAAGUCUCAAUCAUAUCUCUGUCAAUGGAGAUGGGAACGUGACUUCGGUUGGUGGGGGUGCGCUUUGGUCUGAGGUAUAUGAGUACUUGGAUGAACGUGGACUUGCUGUCCUCGGCGGUCGUGUCGGUACUGUUGGAGUCGGCGGUCUUCUAACCGGAGGUGGACUAUCGGUCUUCUCUCCGCGCCUGGGUUUUGCUUCCAAUAAUGUCGCAAACGUGGAAGUGGUCCUUGCCUCGGGAGAAAUCGUCAACGCAAACGCAACCAGCAAUGCAGACCUCUUCGCAGCCCUGAAAGCUGGCCAGAAUAAUCUGGGCGUAGUGACUAGAUUUGACCUUCUAUCUUUCAAGCAGGGGUUAUAUUGGGGCGGCGGUAUUGCGUAUGCAGAAUCAGCAGUUUCAGCACAGCUGGCCGCAUUUGCAGAGUUCAAAACGCCCGCCAACUUCGACCCCGACGCCGAGAUUGAACAAAGUUUCCUUUACUAUAAGGCCAAAGAACUGCGUAUGAGCUCAAACAAUAUGUUUUAUUCGAAGCCGGUUGUCAACGCCAGUUCUCUGCGUCGCUUUGCGCAAAUCCAGCCGCAGAUCUCCAAUACCAUGCGGAUUUCGAACUCUUCCGACUUUAGUAAAGAGAUGUCGGAGGCUCAACCGGCAAACUUGCUAGGAGUUUGGGCCACAACGACCUUCAAAAGUAGCCUGACCGGUCUCGAGGAUGUCUACCAGCUUUGGAAUAGUUCAGUAACUGAGCUGUCAAGUGUGGAUGGCCUCGUAUCUAGCCUGACCUUCCAAGCUGUGCCCCCGGUGACAGGCGAAGACGGCUCUAUUGAUACUUUUGGACUGGCCCCAGGUACUCAUCCAGAAAAAGACCUGGUGAUCUGUCUGAUCGCGAAUUGGUGGUCUGAUACAACCGAUUCGGCUCGAAUGCUCAAUGGGACCAAGGAGUUCAUUGCAGCAGUUGAGAAUACCACUGAGGCACAAGGGACGAAGGUACCGUUCACUUAUCUGAACUACGCAGCUUCGUGGCAAGAUCCCAUUCAAAGUAUUGGGGAAGAACAGGUGAAGUUUUUAAAGAAGGUUGCAGGAAAAUAUGAUCCAAACGGCGUUUUCCAAACGAAGGUUCCGGGUGGGUUCAAAAUUUCCCGAGUCAGCUCCUAG